AUCCACAAAGUAGGAAUGAGAUCAUCAAAACAGACACUUAUAUUUCGUAUCAACCAUAGACACAACUUGGAGUUGCUUGAGUGCUCAUCCCUUCACAGCUCAGAUGGAGCUUUGCAUGCAUGCAUGCGUCGAACUGGUCGAUCUUAUAAGCCACUGCUAUCGCAACUGAAAGAUCAUCACCUCCCAGUUCAUCCAAGUUCACGAGUCGAGCGAGCGAUGGAGUCCCGAACGCUUCUCGUGCUCCUGUUCGUCGGUGUCGUGACGAUCGUGAGCUCCGGCUUGGAGCGCGCUGCUGCCCAGGACGACACGGACGAUGGAAUCCUUCCGUCGUCGGACGUCCAGCCACUGGUAAGCAACAUGAUCGGCCAAGGCUUCACCGUCGCGGCAGCGGUAGCCCAGUCCCUGCAGACCUUGAUUCCCAUAAGGUCCACCCUUCUCAUCCCCAGCAACAACGCCAUCGCCGGUGUCGAUGCCAACUUGUCCCAGGAAGAUAUCAUCAACACCCUCCAGUAUCACGUCCUCACUUUCCCCACUUCUUUCGAAGCGCUGUCCAGGAAUGAUGUCGGUGCUGAGCUCCCAACCAUGCUCCAAGGAGAGAUGAUCACGGUCACCUCCAAUUCCCCCGGCAACUUCACCCUCAACGAAGUCAAUAUCACCCAUCCCGACGUCUGCUCCUCCACCAGGUUCAUAGCCUGCCAUGGCAUCGACAGGGUCCUCGCCUACAACUCUAGCCUUGUCACUGCUGCUGGGCCAGAGGCGUCACCACCGUUUGGAGCUGAGCAAGCCUCUCCAGCACCCGAAGCUCUGCCUCCAGGUACCCAGUCUCCGAAUAACACGGCCAAUCCGUCGAACCGGAAGAGCAACAGCACCUCGGGCGUCUCUCUGCGGCAUUCUUUCACCAGCGGCGUUGCUUUCAUCGAGGUGCUGGCGGCUUCCUGGCUUUUGAUGUAGAGGAACGUAGGAAUAACUUGUUGUUUUGGUGCGAGAAGUGUGAGAGGCAUUCUCUUAUAAAUUUCAGAUCUUUUUUUC